GCCUUUUCCAUUGCGCAAAGCGGGCGGGCCAUGGCGGGCUACCAAUCCAUGCCAGAGGGCUGGGUGCCCCCUUUUUGGGUCCUGCAGGCCCCCAAGGAGAGCCCUGCGUGGCUGCACCACCAGGGCCCUUUGCAUGGGGGCUACCGAGGGGUGGCAAGUGGGGGCCCCCAGCACCUCUCCAACUUUGCGCACCAGAGGAGCCCCUUGGAAGCGAUGGAGAGGCUGCGGAUGGUGCUCCUUGACGUCUACCCAAGGCAGGAGGGCCAGGGGGCCAGGAGGGCCACUAGCCAUGGCCAAGGGCUGGGGGUACCCAGGGCCAGGCAGGAGCCCCGCCGCCUCUGGCUGGAUAUGUCGGGCUUCUCGGCGGAGGAGCUGUCGGUGAAGCUGGAAGGGAGGCGGCUCUCAGUGGUGGGCCAGCGGGGACAGUCCCUACAGCUCCGCAGGGAAGUGAUGCUGCCCAGGGACACCGACCUGGAGGCUGUGGCUUGCUCCUUGGGUCCUGAUGGCAGGCUCUGGGUGGAAGUGCCUCGCCUGGCCUUGCCCUCCCCAACUCAGCAUCAAGAGAGGCAUGUACCCAUUGCCCUGAGCCGCACCGAUGAGGCCAAUGGAGGAGAGCACAAGUAACAAGGCGCCAGCCCUCCAGGGAGCCAGCCAAGAGGCCCAAAAGGGCACCCAGGUGUCCCCCCUCAGUCUCUUGCAAAGGUUGCUAUGAUUCAUCUAGAAAUAAUUCAGUUUGACACCACUUUAACUGCCACAGCUCCAUUCUACAGACUGCUGGGAUUUGUAGCUUGUUGAGGCACCAGCACCCUUUGGCAGAGAAGGCAACUUGUAAAACUAUAAGUCACAGGAUCUCAUAGGCUGGAAGUACAGCACUUAAAGCAAACUGCAUUAUUUUGCAUUUCUCCAUUGCAUUAUUAACCUUACAAGUUUGCUAUUUUAAGUUUUGUAUUUCCCUUCCCCUCCUAUUGUGAUCCUGAGAAAAUGUUAAGAAAUGAGAGUCUGCUGUUUUCUUACAUGGCAGUUACUGUACUUUAUAAAAACCAUGUUUGUACCGAGCAACUGAAAAAAAUGUAUUCUUGGCUUUUUAACUAAAACGUGUUACUGUCUCUAAUUUGUUCCUUGGGAAUGUUUCCUUUGUCAUUCCUUUAAUGUUGCUUGUGACUGUUUUGUAUUGGAUUUUUUAAAACUGCAUUUUAAUCUUGAGAAAUCAGGAAAUCUGCACUGCUU